CCGCGGUGGGCGGGCUCUAUUUGUGACAGCAGGAAGAAGCCGGAGACUGGCAGCGGCCGUUUGUCUCGUUAAAAAGCCGGCUGGUGUUCCUAUAAUCGGCUCUUUGUCAAAACCCGCGGAUCUAUGGCUAAAACGGGGAUGAACCUGUGUAACGUGUGCUGCCUGCUUCUGUAUGUCACCACCGCGGUGCUCGCCGGACGAGACUUUUACAAGAUUCUGGGGGUGAGCAAGUCGGCGUCCAUACGGGACAUCAAGAAAGCUUACAGAAAGCUGGCUCUGCAGCUCCAUCCUGACAGGAACCCGGACGACCCGAACGCUCAAGACAAGUUCGCGGAUCUGGGAGCAGCUUAUGAGGUCCUCUCAGACGAGGAGAAGAGGAAACAGUACGACGCGUACGGAGAAGAUGGACUGAAAGAAGGUCACCACAGCUCGCACAACGACAUCUUCUCCAGCUUCUUCGGUGACUUCGGCUUCAUGUUCGGAGGCAACCGGCAGCAGCAGGACCGGAACAUCCCCAGAGGAAAUGACAUCAUCCUGGACCUGGAGGUCACGCUGGAGGAGGUUUACUCUGGGAACUUUGUGGAGGUCGUGCGCAACAAGCCCGUGGCCAAAGAAGCUCCUGGGAAGAGGAAGUGUAACUGCAGGCAGGAGAUGAAGACCACGCAGCUCGGACCGGGCCGCUUCCAGAUGACCCAGGAGACCGUGUGCGACGAGUGUCCCAACGUGAAGUUGGUGAACGAGGAGAGAACCUUGGAGGUGGAGAUUGAACAGGGAGUGAGGGAUGAGAUGGAGUACCCCUUCAUUGGAGAAGGUGAGCCUCACAUCGACGGAGAACCUGGAGACCUGCGGUUCCGCAUCAAGGUGCUAAAACAUCCCGUGUUCGAACGCAGAGGAGACGACCUGUACACCAACGUCACCAUCUCCCUGGUGGAGGCGCUGGUCGGCUUCGAGAUGGACGUCGUCCAUCUGGACGGUCACAAGGUCCAUAUAGUGAGGGACAAGAUCACGAAGCCCGGAGCUCGAAUGUGGAAGAAAGGAGAAGGUCUGCCCAACUUUGACAACAUCAACAUCCGAGGAUCUCUCAUCAUCACCUUCGACGUGGAGUUCCCUCAGACACAACUGGAUGAGCAGCAAAAACAAGGUAUCCGGAGUCUCCUGAAGCAGGGCUCCAUUCAGAACGUGUACAACGGACUACAAGGAUACUGAACCCCUGGACUGAUGUCAACGCACACGUCGGGCCAGAACCGGUCUCCUCCCAGACCCGGCUCGGGGGUAUUUAUAAUUUCAGAGUCUUCUCAGGAUGUCGAGUCCAGUUGGUCUUUAUUUUUGAAUCGUCUCGUAAGGAGCAGCUGUUUGUUCUGUGAAGGCCUCGCACGGUUUCCCGUCAGACCAACAGCUUCAUGGACGCUUUAGAGCUGGGAGACGUCUCCAGAGGACACGUUGACGCCACACGUGAAGGACGCGCUGCUGAGACGCACGUUUUAAUUAUUGUUCUCAUUGGUCUUACUGUUCAUUAUGGUUUUCCUCCAGUCUGAUUUCCAGUUCAAGCACCGUGUGUAAACGGGGCCAUGUGGCUCGGUUGGUUCGGUUCUUAAUUUAUGUGUUGGUUUGAACCCCC